AUGAAGAGCAACAAUAACAGUAACCUUGUAAAAACAACUACAGUAACAGUAUCAGCACAAAGAGGCACAGUAACGUCAACAUAGCGAAGACUGAGGUUAAUCAACACCGAUUUUCUAUUUCCCAGAUAAAUGGGAAUGCGGGCAGGCAGGCGACACAAGUUUACGUGAUAAUUUAAAGACUCCAAAUCGUAAACUAUCAAAGGACGACGCCUGGCCAUGGCAAGCGGUUAUUUAUGUGGAUGCAGCUUUCAAAUGUGGCGGAGCUUUGGUCGCAGACAACUGGGUUUUAACUGCCGCCAGUUGCUUUGACAGGAAGAUGUUUACAAAUCUGACAGGACAUAUUAUUAGAGUCGUCUUGGGUGAGUUAUUGUUAGUCAUUGUUACUGAUUUUUGGUGGAUAGAAGUUCGAACGAAAAUGGGUGAUUCUAGCUAUAGUCUAAAUUUUGAUCAAGGCAAGAAGAACGAAAUCCAACACCACAGCUAGAAAGAGCGUCUUAGAAUGAGUAAAACUACAAAGAUUGGUUGCUAAAUGUUGUAAAAUGAAGAAAAUAUAGCCCUGUGAAGUUCGCAAAUUUUGUAUAUAUUUGUAUUAUGCGCGGUAAAAAAAAAAACACUUUCGGCUCAAAAAUGCCGGUUAUUUUUCCAGCGCGUAUUGCAAAUAUAUACAAAAUUUGCGGACUUCGCAAGGCUAUAUUUUCCUCAUUUUACAACAAUUCGCAAUCAAACUUUGCAAUGAGCGUUACGCCACUGGUUUGACCAGUAAUAUCCAAUGAACUCUCAUCAAUUCUCAUGCAACUAUCAGCCCUCUGAAUCGAAACUACAGCCGUGCGAUUCCGGUGCAGCGCUCUAACCGAGUCCAGUUGCCGAGUUCUGGUAAAUACAUAGGUGAUGUCAGGGACAUCAAUCCCCUCUAAUAUUCACCUGCAAUGUCUUUGCAGCACAAAAAAUGAGAAAAAACAACAUAACGAAAGCAAUAUGAAAUAUUUCUAUUCUGAUUCAUUAAGAAAUAUAUAUUUCUAUUCUGACUCAUUGACGCGACCACGCAAUGUGAAAAAUAAGUACGUUAUUUUGAGGCAUCUCGGGGGUAUGUGUUUAUUCACAUAUCCCCUCGUUGCCUCAAAAUAACCUAUACAUACAUAGAACUGAUGUUGAAAACUUUUUUUGAAGAUGGGAAUUUCGAGCGAAAAUUAUAUACAUCUUGAGAGUUUAGACCUAAGCCAUCUUCGAAAAACCCUCCAAUAAUCAGACAACUGUCACAGAUAUAUAUGGUUCUUGUAUUAUUCACUCUAAGAAACGUAAUUUCUAGCUAAUGAGUAAUGUUUAUAUCAGGCGAGCACAAUCGUUUUGACGAAGCGGGCACCGAGCAACCUUACGAAGCGGUGAAACUAAUUCGCCCUUCGAAAUCUGGCAAACAUAGACGUGAUGACAUAGCGAUGGUUAAACUUCAAUAUCCUAUCAAACCAACAAGUUAUGCGCAUACC